ACCCUAAAGAAGAGGAAGGAAAUUCUUGAGACGCCGUAGUGGUUUCUAGUUGCCAACAGAUCGCCCUAGCUAUUUUCUAGAUUACUUUAGGUACUAGAGAAAGCGUUUCCAAAAAAAAAAAAAAAAAACUGACUAGCUACUCGUUCUAAUUGAUCGAAAUAACGCUCUAAACGUUUCUUCAUUAAUAACAACUUUUGUAGUAGUGUCACAUUUUAAUAGCCCGCUAAGAUAAUAACAUUAACGCAACGGGCCUGGCUUUGUUAGCUACUACUGUAGCGAAUUAGCUGGAGCUUAUAUAGUUCAGAGAAGUCGAAUAUUUGCCUGCAAAACGUACCCCCGCGUUUACUAGUAAUAGGCUACAUAUCUUUCUGCUAUUUAACCAACUAAAGUUACAGUACUGUGCCUACUAGCUAGCUAGGUAAACGUAUAUUUGUUAUUUUCCAUAAUGAGGGGCGGUUCGUCGUAUGGAGACCGGGACAGAGACCGGGACCGUGGUCGGGACAGGGGGAGUCCUCGUUUUGGGUCUAGCCGAAGUGGCCAAUCUCUCAACAAGAAGUUUGGGAAUCCAGGGGAACGUUUGCGUAAGAAGAAAUGGGAUUUAGAUCAGCUUCCGAAGUUUGAGAAGAACUUUUACUCUGAACAUCCUGAUGUCCAGCGCAUGAGCCAGUAUGAUUUGGAGGAGUUUCGUAGGAAGAAGGAAAUCACUGUCAGAGGGUCAGGCUGCCCUAAACCCGUCACUAGCUUCUCCCAGGCCCAUUUUCCCCAGUAUGUGAUGGAUGUGCUGUUACAGCAGAACUUUAAGGAACCCACAGCUAUCCAGGCACAGGGUUUCCCUCUGGCCCUGAGUGGCAGAGACAUGGUGGGCAUCGCGCAGACCGGAUCUGGGAAGACCUUAUCGUAUCUCCUGCCUGCCAUCGUGCACAUUAACCACCAGCCCUACCUCGAGAGAGGAGAUGGACCAGUUUGUUUGGUUUUAGCACCAACUCGAGAGCUGGCCCAGCAGGUUCAGCAGGUGGCAUAUGAGUAUGGCAAGUCAUCCCGCAUCAAGAGCACCUGUGUCUACGGAGGCGCACCAAAGGGACCCCAGAUUCGUGACCUGGAACGAGGUGUUGAAAUCUGCAUCGCAACCCCGGGUCGUCUCAUUGACUUCCUGGAGGCGGGGAAGACCAACCUGAGGCGCUGCACCUACCUGGUACUGGACGAAGCUGACAGAAUGCUGGACAUGGGCUUUGAACCUCAGAUACGCAAGAUUGUGGAUCAGAUUCGGCCUGAUAGGCAGACCCUGAUGUGGAGCGCCACCUGGCCCAAAGAUGUGCGUCAGCUGGCGGAAGACUUCCUGAAGGACUAUGUCCAGAUCAAUGUGGGAGCCUUGGAGCUCAGCGCCAACCACAACAUCCUGCAGAUUGUGGAUGUGUGCAUGGACAGUGAGAAGGACAACAAGCUGCUCCAGCUGAUGGAGGAGAUCAUGGCUGAGAAAGAGAAUAAGACGAUCAUCUUUGUGGAGACAAAGAAGCGCUGCGAUGACCUGACUCGCAGGAUGAGACGUGAUGGGUGGCCGGCGAUGUGUAUCCAUGGUGACAAGAGCCAGCCAGAGAGAGACUGGGUCCUGACAGAGUUUCGCAGUGGCAAGGCUCCCAUUCUCAUUGCUACUGAUGUGGCCUCGCGUGGUUUAGAUGUGGAAGAUGUCAAAUUUGUCAUCAACUAUGACUACCCUAACUCCUCGGAGGACUACAUCCAUCGUAUCGGGCGUACGGCCCGUAGCACCAACAAGGGCACAGCCUACACCUUCUUCACCCCGGGCAACCUGCGCCAGGCCCGUGAGCUGAUCCGUGUGCUGGAGGAGGCCCGGCAGGCCAUCAACCCCAAGCUGUUGCAGCUGGUCGACACUGGUCGCAGCGGAGGGGGAGGUGGCAGGUCACGUUUCCGCAGCAACGGCUCCAGCUCCAGCAAUCCCAACCUGAUGUACCAGGACGAGUGUGACCGUCGGAUGCGCUCUGGCGGCGGCGGCAGCACCAAGGACAGCCGGGGGAGCAGCUUCAGCCGCGACGGCCGGGGCGGAGGGAGCAGCCGCGACGGGGACAGGUCCUCCUCAUCCUCCUCCUCCUCCUACAGGGACAGGGGCAGCAGAGACAGCCGCAGCUACGGCUCCAACUCCACCUCCUCCUACGAGCCGUACCAGAGCGGGAGUAGCCCGUACAAGUCCGGCGGCGACGGGGGUCCGGAUCCGGCCGUGGGUCAGUUCAGUUCAGCCAACAGGACCGCCCAGCCGCCUCCACCCACCGCCGGUCCCCGCCCCCUCAUGGCCCAGCAGUUCACCCCUGCCCAGCCCAUGAUGGGAUUGAUGGGGCAUGCGCCUUUCCAGUUCGCUCCCCCACCCCCUCCUCCAGCCACACAGAGGAAGUGAACCUGGGCGAUGGCUCCCCACCACAAAAUGCAUACCAUUCUCAUCAAGUUAAUUUGGUGAUUUAAAUUUGGCAAGGGUUGGGGAUUUUGGAUCACUGUGCUCAGAAUCUUGGCCCUAGCUGAUAUAUAUAAUAUAUCUUCAGACGUUUAGAUUGGUAAGAUUUAAAAAGCUGAUUUUGUUGUGCACAUUCUAAUUAUUAGCGAACAUGCUUUUUCACAUCAGUGCUUUGGAGAUACAUUCUACGCAAUGCCGCCCAAAGAUUGUCCACCAAUGAGUGAUUUGCCUAAAUUGGCAAAUCAGUCAAAUGGAAUAUACUUUCAUUCAAAUCCCAUCUUAAUUAUUUUUGUUUUUACACAAUACAUAUCCAGUGCUAUAAAGGCUGGCUAAAUGUGACCCUUUUUCCAUAUAGGUUCUUUAACAAAGUACAUUUAUGUAAUGUACAAAAUCACUUGUUGUGCUUGGAAUGAACUAAAGGUUUAUUUUUGCCUUUAUGUGUAGCAGAGGUAGGUGCUACAAUUUCUUUACUGCAUUAUUUUCUUAGCUUAUUAGUGUUGUGCUCUCAUUGUUCAGCUUUAGUUAGUGGGUUUAGUACAGAAUUGAUUUCUUGAAUUCAGUUCCAGUAAAGUAUUUUGCAGUAUGGGUAGAGAACAUUCCUUGAGCCUCCUGAGAUCCAGGAUAUUAUAGGUAUAACGUCAGUGUUUUUGUUGUUGCCAGUGAUCCAAAAAAUUAUUGUGGCAUCAUUCAAGCAUACAUUUAUUUAAUUUCAAGCAUUGAUUUAUGGUGUAGGGAUUAUUUGAUGUUUCUCUAGUGACGUCAGUAAAUCUGUCACUGUAGGAUGUAUUGGUUUGCUUAGAGAUCUGUUGCCCUUCUCAUCAGUGUAGUUCAAUCAUUAGUAUGUAGAAAAGACUUUGACCUGUAAUUUUCUGUUUACUUUUAUACUGUUGGAUUUUGUUUUUCAGGUUUCAAUAAAGCUUUUGAAUGUAUAAAA